AUGUCAACAACAAGGAAAGACAAACGGGAAAGCACUGAUGAGCCUCACAGGUCUGAAACAACCCAGGUUGUUUUAAGAAGAGUCCCAGAGAGCAGAGUGUUCACCUUCAGAGGAGACUGCACUGUCAAACAGCUGAAGCUGUGUCUGUCUGAGCAGCUGCGGGUCCCAGCAGAGCAGCUGGUGCUGACCCACUCUGGAUGGGUCCUUAGGGAGUCAGAACUGAUGAGUCACUUAAAAGGACAGAGAGGAUCUGUCAGUCUCUGCACAAUCAGACGGCCUGAGUCUUCACCCCCUCAGACUGGUGAUCCACCUUCAGAAUCUGUCCAGUCAGAGGUGACAGCCGUUCCUGACCCUGAUCCCAUCCAAACACCAACUCCCUGUGCUCUGGGUUUCCUGGAGGGUCUGGGCAGUGCUGGUUUGGAAAACAGUAGAUCGAGUUUCUGUACUGCAUCCCAGAGCCAAAUGGAGGAACAGUCACUGAGUGAACCAGAGAUGGUGCAGAACCCCCACUGCUCCUCCAGCCCUGAAUUGACAAACGAGGUCAAUCUGUGUAAUCCACAGUUUCAGCAGGUCCUGAAAACACACCCUGAGGUGGAGGACAUGUUGAACAACACAGGUGUUAUAAUGCAGUGUCCGGGGGAAGACGUUGUGGAAACUGCAGGCAGAGCUUUAGAAAAUGUGGUGCAGGGCAAUGAUGAAAACACUGCUGAUCCGGAUGUCCUUCAAACAGUAGAUGCAAAUUGGCAGAUAUCCCAGAAAGCAACGUUUCCACUGGUAAUUACAUCAUUCGGAAGUCCUCAGGGACCAGAGGGAAACACCAGUUCUGCAUCACCUCUCUCCAGUGACUCCAGAGACCCCCUUAAAGAAAUGACUGAUACGCCCAGCUCAAACAUUCAGGGUACUUUUACUGCAGGUAUUCAGUCGCUUCUGAAGGAGAUCACGUCCAGCCCAGGUCUGAUGGAGACUCUGCUGUCUGGACCGUACAUCAGCAGUCUAUUGGAUUGCCUGAGCCAGAACCCUGACGUCACUGCACAGAUGCUGCUGAGCCAUCCUUUGUUCUCAGGAAAUGUUCAGCUGCAAGAGCAGAUCAGGCAGCAGAUCCCUCUGUUUCUGCAACAGAUGCAGAGGUCAGAGCUGCUGUCCAUGGUGCUGAACCCCCGAGCUAUGGAGGCCUUGCUACAAAUCCAACAUGGUCUGCAGACUCUGGCUGUAGAGGCUCCCUUCCUUGUGCCUGUUGCAGGACUUGGAACCAGUGGCGGUUCUGAUCCGGACCCGAACAGCCAGUCUGGAUGCAGCCCUCAGGAAGCCCUCCUAACAAAACAACAGCAGCAGCAGCAGUUUGUGGAUCAAAUGCUAAAGGCUCUGGCUAACGCCAACAAUGGGGUUCAUCAUGAGGAGGACUUCCAGGAGGAGCUGCAGCAGCUCAGCCUAAUGGGCUUUAGAGACAGACAGGCAAACCUUCAGGCCCUCAUCAGCACAGGAGGAGAUCUGCCCUCUGCUCUACAUCUGCUCAGUCUUUCAACAGCAACACAUACAUGAUCUAUUAUUAAGAGGUCUAUUACAAAAACCAAAUGUAAGUGUAAGCCAUAUUUGUGCCUGCAUGACAGUAUUUAAUCUCUGCAUGGUGGCAAGCAACAUUAUAGUGUAGAUGUAUAAAAACUAUAAGUGCUGAUUACACAGGAAUACCUGUAGAUACCUGAAAUCAUUAUGUGAUGUGGCAGGGAUCCACACCCAUACUCACCUUUUAGUAACCAAACUAAAUGCUUUGCAGAAUAGUGUUAUUUAGGUGAAAAUAAGAAUUCUGGUAGUUCAAUUCUCUCUACUUGCUGUCGGUCUAUAGAAUCUGCAUCAAUAUUCAGAGGCAGCUGAUGUAUAAUGAAUAGCUGCCGCACCGUGAAGGAUCUUUGUUUUUUACCACCUGGUUACCAUAUAGGUCACAGUCAUACUCUGAGGUAAUAGUUUCAAAUAGUUAUGAGCAACCCUACAUCCGCAGGAUGCUUCAUAAUUAUAAAGGUUUUCAAUGACAAAUAUUCACAUAUCAUCACUUAAACCAAGCUGUAUACUCUGAGGAAAAGGUUAAAACUUUGUGAAUUAAUCCGACACCCGUAAUAGGCCAUCUAACCUGCUUUGGGGGAUAUAUCUUGACUGAGAUGCUGCUUGUAACCAGUCAGAUGACAAUUUACUUGUGUCCUCAAUCUCAACUGAGAGAUUGGAUGGAUUUCCUUGUAUUUACAGCCCAUUUCAAGUUUCAUGUUAGAGAUCAGGGUUUGUGUUUUUACUAAACAUAUAUAUAUAUAUUAUAUUAUAUAUAUUUAUAUUUUUUUCAGUGUUUUUCAAAGGGAUUUUAAUUUCAUUUAUCCAAAUAUGUUGGAAAAGGCCGGGAAGAGGUUCAGUGCCUCCAAAUCCAAGUCCAUGGUCUUGAGCCGGAAAAGGGUAGAGUGCCUUCUCCAUACAAGCGGCAGAAAUUAGUUUUCUCCGUAGUGUGUCUGGGCUCUCCCUUAGAGAUAGGGUGA